UGUCAUCGAUCAAUCAUUGUGAGGCUUGUGGUUUGGUUGCGUUUGUUUUGGAUAAAAAUUUAUCCCUUGUUGAUACAGUUUCCUGGUAUUAAAGUCUAGGAAAAGCAAAAAGUGAUAAUCAACACAACAAAUUUGCCCUUUUAUCAGCUAUGAAAAUGGCAGGAUUAGAAUCUAUGGUCCACCCUACAACAACUAUUGAAGAGGUUAAGCCGGUUGACAGAGAAAAGACUUGUCCCCUAUUGCUGAGAGUGUUUUGUUCCACCGGGCGUCACAACUCCCCCGGAGACUAUGUCCGCGGCAGCGUACCUCAGAAUGAGCUGCAGAUCUACACUUGGAUGGACGCCACUCUCCGAGAACUCACCUCCCUUGUCAAGGAGGUUAACCCAGAAACUCGUCGUAAAGGAACAUACUUUGACUUCGCUAUUGUCUACCCAGACACCCGAUCACCAACAUACCGCUUGAGGGAAAUAGGAGUCACAUGUUCUGGCCAACGAGGUGGUGAUGAUAAUAAGACUCUUGGUCAGCUGAAGUUCCAGAUUGGGAAUUACUUGGAUAUUUCGAUCACCCCGCCUAACAGAAUGCCUCCUCCGAUGAGGCGCCCAAUGCCGUAUGCUAACAAUCGCCCAUAUUAGUAUUAGUACUUAAUUAGCCCAUUUUGUAAUAAGACUUAAUAAACAAACAUUUCAUAAAUUCAUUU